AUGCAUUUAACGACGAAUAACUCUUCAAACAACACCUCGUCCUCGACGAACAACACGAGUGGCGGGAGUGCAACGACAAACUCGAAUAACAACAACAAUUCCAGUUCCAAUGCCAAUAAUUCUUCAAACAACAGUAACAACACAAAUUCGACGGAAAAUGCCGCGCCACCAACGCCGCAGCAACUUUUGCAAGAAGCUUAUCAGAAAAUGACUUCGGACAUUUUGGCGGAACGAACGUUGGGAGAUUUUCUUACGGAGCAUCCGGGAGAGCUGAUUCGCACUGGCAGUCCAUUGUUUGUUUGUACAGUUUUGCCGCCGCAUUGGCGCUCCAAUAAGACGCUUCCAGUCGCUUUUAAAGUAGUUGCUCUCGGAGACAUUCCCGAUGGCACGAUGGUGAGCGUGAGAGCGGGAAAUGAUGAGAAUUAUUGCGCGGAACUGAGAAAUUGCACGGCUGUCAUGAAGAAUCAAGUGGCGAAAUUUAAUGAUUUGCGGUUCGUUGGAAGGAGUGGAAGGGGAAAAAGCUUUACGUUAACGAUCACAAUUUCGACAAAUCCACCGAUGGUAGCGACAUACAACAAGGCAAUUAAAGUGACAGUGGAUGGCCCAAGAGAACCGAGAUCCAAGACAAGGCAACAACAACAAUUCCAUUUUGCAUUUGGACAGCGCCCGUUUCACUUCUCUGCCGAUCCACUAUCUGGCUUUCGGAUGCCUCCCCUAGAUAUGUCGCAAUUUGGCUUGAGUGGCGCUAACUCACAUUGGAGCUACAGUUCAGCCGGUCCAUAUUCCCCAUAUUUGACUGGAAGUGGCUUGUCAUCGUGCACAACGCCCACAGCAGCUCAAUUUAACAACCCAGCACUCGGUUUUACGUGCUCAUCGACGGAACAAGGAAACGGUCAGGACUUUAGUGGAUCAUCGCGCGAUUGUGUACCAAUGCUCCCAGAUUCCACGGGCACAGAUUUGGAUCAGCAUUUGAGUAAUUUAGUGGGCACGACACCCCCUUCGUCGCAGAUGAACCAUCAAAACUUGCUGAAUAACGGCCAGAAUAGCACCCAGAACUCCAUCUCAACCACAAAUGGCGCCUCCAAUGGUCUCCUAACACCGCGUUCCAACAACCAAUACUCCAACACGUCAGACUACGUCGGCUUACAAACCAGCCAAAAUGGUCCCCGUAGCUUAAGUGACUCCUCGCAAGCCGAAUCUCCGGUGCAAGAUGACUUAUUGAGCUCCAAUACUCCCAGCAUCGGUCAACAAUUCUCACAAAACCAAAAUUCCUACGGUUCUCCGACCUCCGCCGGAUGCAAUGGCUCCAUUUAUCCCGUUUUACCGGCUUCCCUGCUCUACUCGCAACUCUAUACGGCCGCCAAUCAAUCGCAUGGCUUCCAUUCGCACGCCCUUCAGUCACAUUCGACGCAAAAUUCGAUGCACGGCGAACUGCAAUCCGUCAUGGAUCAUCUUGCGACAACGGGAACACGGCAAAAUCAUCAUCUGAUGGGGGCACAUACGGACAUCACGAUUAUCGGGAAUUGCGGAGCUGCGGCAAGAGGCGGCGAAGAAUCGCGACAAGUGAGUUUAGCGCAGCGCGGAGGUCACCAAGGGCAGGGCGAGAACGGGAACAGCGUGUGGCGGCCCUACUAG